GCUCCCGCCAUGGCCAACAAGAUGGACAUGUCCCUGGAUGAUAUCAUUAAACUCCACCGGAGCCAGCGUGACGGAUGCGGCGGGGACCGGGACCGAGACCGAGGUCGGGCUGGAGCCCAGGGCGGCCGCGACAGCGGGGACGCGCAGGGGGCAGCCCGCGUAAGCCGAGGGGGCCCCAUCCGGAAUAGACGGACCAUGACCCGCAGAGGCGCCCGGGGCCGCGGCAGAAACCGACCCGCGCCGUACAGCCGACCCAAGAGGCUUUCAGACAAGAGGCAGCCCGAUGACGUGUUCCCCAGUGACUUUGGAGGCGGGCCCGCAGCUGAGACCGGGACCAAGUUGCUGAUCUCCAAUUUGGAUUACGGGGUCUCAGAUGCCGAUAUUCAGCAACUCUUUGCAGCAUUUGGAACUUUGAAGAAGGCAGCUGUGCAUUAUGAUCGGUGCGGCGGUAGUUUAGGAACAGCAGAUGUUCACUUUGAGCGAAAAGCCGAUGCUCUGAAGGCCAUGAAACACUAUGAUGGUGUCACCAUGAACGUCCAGCUUGUUCUAGCACAGACUCAGAAACAACGAAGAGCCGCACAGAGUGGAAAUAGAGGUGGAAUGACCCGGAGCCGUGGCUCUGGAGGCGGCACCCGGAGAGGCGGCCCUGGAUGCAAGCGAGGACCCCAACCAGGGACUGCAAGAAAUUCCAAACAACAGCUUUCCAGAGAAGAACUAGAUGCCCAACUGGAUGCUUAUAAUGCCAUGAUUGAAUUCGAAAUAGAGGACCGUGGCUCCACUGGAGCUGGAGGCUCAGCAGGACUAGGAGUGGCUGUCCAUUCCUACAUUAGACUUUCAAACCAACUGAUUGACGAUGUUCAGACCCUCUCCAGUGCUAUCAAUGAUCUCCAGUGUCAGAUGGAUAGUUUAGUUGAAGUGGUCUUGCAAAACGGACGAGGCCUGGAUUUCCUCACUGCCGAGCAAGGAGGGAUAUGCUUAGCCCUCCAGGAACGCUGUUGCUUCUGUGCAAACAAAUCUGGUAUUGUAAGGGACAAAACUAGGAGACUCCAGGAAGAUUGGAUUAAGGGGUGCCAAGAACUGUUCGAUAACCCUCUUUGGAGUGGGCUCCAUGGGAUCCUCCCUUCUCUUCUUCCUUUCCCUGGGCCCUUAAUUGGCUUUCUUUUCCUUUGGUCUUUUGGACCCUGGGCCUUCCAGAAAGUUACAUCCUUUGUCAAAUCCCGAAUAGAUAGUGCACUGGCAAAACCCAUGGACAUACACUCUCACCGCCUUGAGACUGGUGAUGACCCCCUUGAUGCUCAUAUGAGCAACCAAAAUUUCUGA